CGCUCAGGGCGGCCGCUGAGGGGCUGGAGCCCGGCCGGGGCGGGGCGGAGGGUGGCGGGAGGGCGCGAGGGCGGGCCGGGGGCCGGUUCCGCGCGCUGGGAUUUUUAAAUGUCCCGCUCUCGGCCGGGCGCAGGAGCAGCCGGCGAGGCAGCCUGCGCGGUGUAGGGGGCAGGCGCGGAUCCCGCCACCGCCGCGCGCUCGGGCCCGCCGCCUCCUCCCGCUUCCCGGCUUCCCGCUCGCCGCCGCCUGCUGCCUCGGACCUGGGCUCGUGCACCCGCGGAGCCCACCCGCGCCUGCCGCCGACACGGCUUCGGCCCUGACGUCUGACCCCGCGCCAUGCCGAGGGAGCGGCGGGAGAGGGAUGCCAAGGAACGGGGCACCAUGAAAGAGGAAAGUGGCAACGAGGUUUCAGUUCGUUCCAGGAAAAGAAAGGCGAAUGUGGCCGUUUUUUUGCAGGAUCCGGAUGAAGAAAUCGCCAAAAUUGACCGGAUGGUGACAAACCAAUGUGGUGGUCAGCCUUGGGACAAUAAUAGUACAGUCUGUGUAAACCCCUGCUCCUUGAUUCCCACACCUGACAAAGAAGAAGAUGAACUGGUUUACCCAAACUCUGUGUGUGACCCUCAGACCUUUGCCCCAUCCAGAGCCUCACCUCUGCCUGUACUGAACUGGGCAAAUCGAGAAGAAGUUUGGAAAAUCAUGUUGAACAAGGAAAAGACGUACUUAAGGGAUAAGCACUUUAUGCAGCGACACCCACUUCUGCAACCUAAAAUGCGAGCAAUUCUUCUGGAUUGGUUGAUGGAGGUGUGUGAAGUCUAUAAACUUCACAGAGAGACAUUUUACUUGGCACAGGAUUUCUUUGAUCGGUACAUGGCAACACAACAAAAUGUUGUAAAAACUCUUUUGCAACUUAUUGGGAUUUCAUCCUUAUUUAUUGCUGCCAAACUUGAGGAAAUAUAUCCUCCAAAAUUGCACCAGUUUGCUUAUGUUACAGAUGGGGCUUGUUCAGGAGAUCAAAUUCUUAACAUGGAAUUGAUCAUUAUGCAGGCCCUAAAAUGGCAUUUAAGUCCCCUGACCAUUGUGUCCUGGCUGAAUGUAUACAUGCAGGUCGCAUAUUUGAAUGAUGUUUAUGAAGUGCUCCUGCCGCAGUAUCCUCAACAAAUCUUCAUACAGAUUGCAGAGCUUUUAGAUCUCUGUGUCCUGGAUGUUGGCUGCUUAGAAUUUCCCUAUGGUGUACUUGCUGCUUCUGCCUUGUAUCAUUUCUCUUCCUCUGAAUUGAUGCAAAAAGUUUCAGGAUAUCAGUGGUGUGAUAUAGAGAAGUGUGUUAAGUGGAUGGUUCCAUUUGCCAUGGUUAUAAGGGAGACAGGAAGUUCAAAACUUAAGCACUUCAGGGGUGUUCCUGCUGAAGAUGCACAUAACAUCCAGACUCAUAUAAAUAGCUUGGAUUUGCUGGACAAAGCCCAAGCCAAGAAAGCCAUAUUAUCUGAACAAAAUAGAAUUUCUCCUCUUCCUUCUGGGGUCCUCACCCCACCACAGAGCAGUAAGAAGCAGAGCAGUGAGCAGGGAACAGCAUGACCUCACCAGCAUUCUCCACCAAAGACAGUUGUGCCGAAGUGCCUGCUCCUGGUUCUCUUCUAUCUCUGGCAGCAGAGGCAUGCCCUAGCUUUUACAGAUAUUUAAGUGGAAGAACAUGUCUCUUUCUGCAACAGAAGUGUUUCUGCGGAUGGACAGGGAGAAGUGUUUUUUAAUUGAAUAUUUAGAUUUUUGUUUUUAAAUGAGUGGGUCAAGUACACCAGCCACCUCCAGAACACCAAUGAGUGCUCCAGAUGCUGCUAAGGAGGGUGAUACUUGACUUGAUUGACUAUUCAUACAAAUAACAAAGGCUUGAAGUUGAGGAGUGCCAUGUUGCUUUUGGUCUCCCGUCAGGUGUUCUGGGUUGUGUCGAACUAAAUGGAACAGGUGGUUGUGAGCAUUGUGAUGCGCAGCCUGCAACCAGCUGUGCUGGGAGCCUGCCCCUUCACACUCUCAGCUGACAAUGUACAGAUGCCUUUUAUGAACUGUCUUUAUGUAUAAGUGCUGCUAUGUCUGUCCGUUUUUUUGAUAAAGGUAACACUGUCUUUGAGACAGCUGGUUUAAUGAGCUAUUAUCUGGUAAUUUAAGUUAGAAAUCAACUCGUGGCUACAGCAAAUUCUUCUUGAAGCUCAAGGCAUUCAAGCAAAAGAAAACUUUUGAAGUGUGAGUAUCAAAUGCAAUCUCAUUUCUCAGGGGCUCUCUGAGCUGGGAAUGAGGCUCCUGUCAUUUCUUGAGAACCACAUGUCCUGCACUGUGACUGCUCGGUCAGGUUCACUGUCUGGGGGUGGCAGUAUGGUAAAGUCACCUCUUAGGUUUGCUGUCUUCUAGAGGACAGGUCAGAGACCAUAAAAAUUCUGUAGUUAGUGUUAUUAAAUAUUCCUUAACCUUAAUUUUAACCUAAAGAAUUUUUCCUUGGAGAACUUUUUAAUAUAGCGGUGGCCUGAACUAAUUCUUUCAAGAAGAAAUUGCAAAGUAAAAUUCUAUAUGUAGCUCAAGGCCAGGUUGUCUGUUCCCUGAGCACAGAUGAAAUCACCAAGUGCCUUGCUGAUGGAGGAGGCUUAAUGUGUACAGUUCCUAUUACAUCUUAUUGAGCAUUCUCAAAGUGGUGGCCUUGUUUAGUUUGUUUCACUUUCUUGGGAGUGUUGAGUUCAUAAAAGGGAAGGUGAUAAAGUAAAUAAAUGCCAUUAUUUCAACUCGGUAUUUCUCAUUUUGCAGAAAACUUAAAUAGAAAGAAAAUCGCUAUUCCAAGUCUGUACCUAUUUAUAUGAACUUGAAACCCUACUUUCAGAUUGUAAUGUUAUAGUUCUGGCAAGUUUUGACAAAAUUUUCCUAAUAAAUGCAUUAUAAAUCUGCA